CAUGUCACGUGAGCUAUGUGUAGGGAGUAUGCGUAGAACGGCUACCUAACCUGAGAAUUGGGCAGGCUGAGCCUAGGAGAGAGGAGAAUGACAUCUGUCAAGUCCGUCCAUCCUUACAAUGAUAGGAUCGGCUUCCUGGGGGCCAGGGCACCCACAGAGGUGGAGGCAAUGGCAAGAAAUCUCAAGGACCUGGACAAAGAUGUGUUCAGGAAAAUUCUCAAAGUUGUAGUGGGUGCGCUGGAAGGAAAGGACAGUAGAGAACAUUUGAAAGUGAUAGCAGAAAAUACCUCAUUAUCAGAAGAACAACUAAGUUUUAUAAUUUCAGGAGCAUAUACCAUCUUAAGGGUGGCACUUCGACUUCCAGUUUCAGCACUUAAACAAGAGGUUUUUAAAGAAGAUCUAAAAGAACUCAGGAUCCCAGAGGAUUUUAUAGGGGACUUUGCAAAUAUAGUUUACGGAAACAGACGUCCAGUUCUUGAGAAUGCAGCUUUAAAGCAGGGAAUUCGUUUGCCAACAGUGGAAGAUCUGAGAUGGAGAGUUGAUGUGGCAAUUUCUACAAGUUCCUUGUCUCGAGCUUUGCAACCUUCCAUCCUAAUGCAGAUGAAGCUUUCUGAUGGUUCAUCUCACCGAUUUGAAGUAUCCGUCGCCAAAUUCCAGGAACUGCGGUAUAAUGUGGCUCUUAUACUGAAAGAAAUGAAUGAUUUGGAGAAAAGGAGUAUACUUAAAAUCCAAGACUAGCUCUUUGUUUGUAAAUACAUAGCAAAGUUUCCACCAAGAGCUUGCUGGCAAGGUGUUUGUGUACCAAUUUACAUUACGGGGCUGUACUAGUACCUAAAUUAUAAGUUAGGAAAUUACUCUUUGACUUUUUUACUCUAAGUAAGUUUUCUGCAGGUUAGAGGAGAGAGUGAAUGAGUCAAUUAAUUUACAACUUUGUCUACUUCUGUAACGUAUUCAAAUUCAUUCUUUAUAGAUAAUUAGUUAUACAGAAAGAGUAAAUACAGGUGCUCAUUCAAAUAUUGUCCACAAUAGUUUACUUUAGUUCUCUCCAUCUCAUUCUAGACACAGCCCCUGCCAGCACUAACCUGGGAAAAGCAGGCAAUUGCCAUCACUUUUAUGUACUUACUCUGAACUGCAUAUUGUUUUCAUCUAUGAAUAAACCAUGUAUAGCCAUUUCUGCCAUUGUAAAGAACACAUGUAUAUAUUUUGUUGUGCAUUUAAGAUUUGAAUAAAAAUCUUUAUAUUAAA